AUGGUGGCCGAGGACAGCCAGAUCGUUAUCCUCUUGGACAACGCGAGCAGCCACGUCAUCAAAAGCGACGACGCGGCCUUGGAAGACCUCUUCGGCUUCCGUACUCGCACACUCGGCAAUAUCUGGCUCAUGUUAUUGCCGCCCAACACGACCGCCUUCACGCAGCCGCUCGAUCAGGGGCUCAACGACGAAGGCGCGCUACCGAGUGCACUGGCUUCGUGCCGUCACGGCCCUGUGGCAAGAUGCUGGUGCAAUGCCUGUGAUGGCACGGUACCGCCCAAACAUGUGCAACGUCAUCGCCUGCCUCUCGGACGCAUGGAUGAACAUCCCCGCGCGGACGAUCCAGCGUUGCUGGUGGCGCACGGGAUUCAUGCCGUGCGCAUGGAUCUCGCGCACGUUGGGCUGGACGGCCUUGCCCUAGUCGGCAAUGGCGUGAAUGCCGCUCUCCCCAUCGACCUCGACGAGGACAUCGGAGAUGUCGGCAUUAUGAUCGCCCGUCUUGGACUCAAGCCUAGCGCCAUGCCGGCCGCCGCCUUCGUCGCCAUCUACGACGACCAGCCCACAUGCGCCGAGCCUGGCGAGGACCCGCUCGCCCUUGAGCCCGCCACGGGGUAUUCGGACGCCUCGUGGGAGGCGCCCUCCACCAUGCAGGUCGUCUACGACGAUGACAACCCCAAGAGCCGUGAGGCGUGGCGUUACACACGGACGGUGAACGAGAUGCUCGUUGGUUAUGCUCGCGCCACGGGCAUCACGCUGCGCAACCUCUGUGCCCUGUUCGAAAUCAAGAACCCCAUCAUCGUCGACCGCAUGGAGCGGGCGAGCCCCGCUCUGAACCUGAACGCUACGCUGCCGCCCGGAUCCCAGGCGACCGCGCCCGCCGACGCGACGGCAACGCUGGCGACUGCGGCCAGCACGUUGGCCACCACCUCUCGUCGCUGCGGGUGCGUUCUGCCUGCGUGGAUGUAUGCGCCAGCUCCCACCCGCCAGCAGCUUAUUGACUCUGGCGUGAGUGCCGUCAUGAACGGAUAUGUUGCGGCUGCGGAUUGGAUGACUCUGUGA